UUUAAAUUAUAAUGAAAUAACCUAUCAAAACCCACCUUGUACUCUUGAUCCACCUCAUAUUUAUUUAGAAAAAAAUAAUAAUUUUGAUUCUACUAAUAAAGAAAAUUAUGCUACUUAUCAAAAUCCUGUUGCUAGAUGUGAUAUGUUAGAAUCAUUAGCAUAUAUAAUUGAGAAAGAUACUAUUGCAGAAAUUAACAACUCACUAUUUUGGAGUAUUCUUCUUGAUGAAUCUAAUACCAUUACUAAU